AUGGAAUUCAAUAGCAGAAUCAUCAUUUUCUGCGUCUUCUGGACGAUUGAUUUCUGGGUGACAACAACAUCAUCAGUUGAAAGCAUUGUGAAGGAGGAACAUUUGAACAACGAUACAAUUAUCAGCUCAUCAAAUUUGAUCUUCCAUUUGUUAAAUAAUUUAAGCAGUACAGAAAGUGAAAUAUUGGAUAGGUAUCUGUGUGAAAAGAAUUACGCUUCUCUCAAAGUCAUGAUUGACCGUAAACGGGCUGAAUUGUUUCAAGCAAAAGAUAAACCACUGAAGAGUUUCGUAAAUGGUUCACAAAGAGAGCCAGGAAAUUUUGGUGCUGACAUUGGUGAAACCUUCUCGAACGCAGCUGUACCGCUGAAUUUCACGCAAGAACAAUUUAAAUAUGUUGAAGCAUACCGAAAUGCUACCAUAUAUAGCAUUAUUCAAGCUCUGUGGAACACAAAAGUUGAACGAGAAUUACCGCAAAUCGACCAAUAUGCCAUUUUAGAAUACUUCAGCGAGAAACGUGCAAAGAAAGAAGCAGAAAAAAAUAUUCUCAUUUGGCUCUGGAAUAUAAUCAGGAAAUGGUUUGAUAGAAAGAACGAUAAAUUUGAAUGCUAUGCUAAUGAGCCUAAAUGCGUUCGAGCAGUACUGGAUCGCUGUGGUGAGACUGAGUUGGAACAUCUGCAGCAGGCUACCGAUAACAAUGAACCCAUGCUUGUCAAUGAUUUUAUUAAAAACAAACUAGAUGACGACUCAGAAAUGAACAUGGAAUUUGACAAAUGGAACAAUGAAAAUAAUGUGCCCGAAGCUCUAAAAGAAAUAAUCCAUAGUUUAAGUCAAGCACAAAGAAGGGCAAUGGAAAAAUUAAGAAGGCUUGAGUUAAUUGAUAAAAUCAAGGAUUUCUAUCGCGAUAACAUUGAGAAAACAAGUCUCGCAAAACAGCAGGAAAUUGAACUAUUCUUCCGACGGAUGAAUAGGACCUUCGCUGGAUGUUACAAUCCAAGCAUCAAGAAGACGAAGGAAAGGCAGGUGUUUUUUUCCAAACAGAGGCUUCCGAGAUGUUAG